AUGAGCAGGCGAAGCCUUGCUACAGCUUUGGCGCAGGAAAGGUUCGACCGCAAAGCUUGUAAUGCCCUCCUUGCCGCGGGAUUGUGCUCUGACAACCACGACACUGCGGCGCUGCGGGCCUUUCAAACCAUGCCUGCCGUUGACAUAGAUGGGUUGUCUCUGGCCUACAAGGUGCCUUCAGAGCUUGUCGCUCGAACUCUGCGCCGCUUUCCGGCUGACAGCGCGCCUGGUCCGUGCGGGCUCCAGGUGCAACAUCUGCGCGAGGCUGGCCCGCCUGGCGCUACGGAGCAUCUACUGGAACAUCGCACUUCCAUGGUCAACCUCUUGGCGCAAAGACGUGCUUGCGCUGCUGUGGCUCCAGUCUUGGCAGACGCUGGUUUGGUGGCGUUGCCGAAGCUCCGUGGUGGCGUGCGCUCCAUAGCCGUGGGCGAGGUGCUCCGACGACUCACGGGCAAAUGCCUCAUUGACUUGGCACGGGAUGAGGCCAAAAGGUUGCCGUGCCGGUUGGCGCUGAAGCCGCUGUUCAUGCCACCCGUGCUUGGUUUGGGCGACAUGCUACAGCCUCUGGGAAACUACUCCUAA